AUGGGAGGACUAGCAUUAAGAAAGAGAUCAGCUGAGUUAGAGAUAAAUUCAAGAGCAGCUUGCUCAGCGCCUCAAAUAAAUCCUAGUCCUUAUGACCCACCACUAAUGCAAACUUGCCAAGAUUAUCUUAAUGCUUGUCAACAAGGAACAACUAUAUAUAAUCUUGGCAGAGAAAACGCCAGAACUAAUUUAAUUAUUUAUAACACUGAAACUGAAACUUGAAUUUCCAAAAUCUUUGAGACUCCACAAACACUAGAAUUUUACACUUGCUUAACUCAACUUCCAAAUGGCAAGCUAUUCUGUUUUGGUAGUUGUUGACAAACUGGAAUAACAGUGCUAAUUGAUACAAAUGGUGGAGUCGAAGUGCUGCCAUCUGGAACUCCUUGCCAAAAUUCAUCAUGCAUCUAUUUCAACAACAGCGUCUAUUGCUUUGGAGGAGAUAUAGAAAUUGGCCCCGCACGGGAAUUGAGCCCAAGUGUGGGCCAUUUUUUGGUACGUGGAAGUCAAUAUUCUCCACAUACCAAAAAUGUCCCCACACAUGGGUUCAAUUCCCGUGCGGAGCCAUUUUUUGAAUUGCCCGAGGAUGGCGCAAAAUAGCGCCAUCCUCGGGCAAUUUCUAUAG